AUGCCGAGCGCUAAAUUAGACACAUGUGUCCUGGUAGUAGGCGCGGGGCCUGUAGGAGUAACUCUGCAACUUCUUCUUUCUCGUUUGGGGGUACCAUGCGUAUUGGCGGAGCGCAAUGUGCUCCCUCGCCGCCAUCCGCGAGCGCACUAUGUCAGCAAUCGUUCGAUGGAAGUUUGGAGGCAGCUAGGACAUAUCGACAAAGCGAUAGAGUCUGUGAGCGAGCCUCUGGAAUGUUGGCGCUACUUUAAGUAUGGCCGUCACAUCACGGAUCCACAUCUCAAUCUGUACGGAACUGUCGAUCAUUUCAGAGAUGCUUACACGUAUAAGGAUACAUACUUUGAAGAGCUAAGCCCAAGUAGGAUAACCAACAUGCCGCAGCAUAAGCUGCUUUUUCUUCUGAAGACGAUAGCACUUCGACGAUCACACGCUUUUCCGGCAACUUCAGAUGACGCAUAUUUAUCCUGGGUCAAAACUCAGUACGAGUAUGUGAUGAAAACGAGCAAAUUCGAUGACGCAAAGUUGCGAAAGCUAUCACAAGUGCGGGGCCCUACCAUACUUCCCGUCGACAUUCAUAGUAUGGCAUGUGAUCAGGAACUUACGGAUACUGGCAUUCCAUUCAUUGAUGGGGGGCUUAGGUUUGACAGGUUUGUGGAUGAUGACAUGUCGUCGGGUGUGGUCUCCGAGCUGACCUCCACAAAGGACGACAAAAAGAUACACAUCAGAAGCGCAUUUGUGGUCGGCGCAGAUGGCAUUCACAGCAAAGUGAGGCGUUAUAUAGACGGCAAACGUUGCGAUGCAACUUCGAGCAGAAGUGAUAGCAACCUUCUAAGGGAUGUUAUGAGCAUCUACUUCAGUUCAGCUCACCUCGGAAGCCUCGUAGAAUCGAACCCAGCCAUGAUUUACUUCAUAUUUUCCAGGGGUGGAAGACCAGCGGAGUUCGUGGUGCAGCUACCCUUUUUCUCCGAAAUGGAGGAUCCGGUUGUGUACGACGAAGCCACUUGCAUAUCGCAUAUAAAUGAAGCUGUAGGAGUGCCUCUAACAGAUAUACGCAUCAUUAACAUCAAAAAGUGGACCGUAUCUACUGAGAUAGCGAAAUCUUUUGUCGACACAGACAGCUACAGGGUGAUGGUAGCUGGCGAUGCUGCUCAUAUUGUUGCACCGGCGGGUGGGCAGGGAAUGAAUAUGGGAAUAGCGGAUACAUACAACUUGGCGUGGAGACUUGGGCGACUCUUCUACCGCAGAAUUCUAAAAGCGCGCACAUCGGAUACUCCUCCGUCUACGUCUGAUAUUGUAGGGCAAAAGCUAUCGGAGAGUGAGAAAAGGUCAAUACUUGAGUAUGACAGUGAAAGGCGUGCCGUUGCAGAGGUUAGCGUCAUGUGUAAUUCAUGUCAAUGGACGCAGUACACGAGAGACGUGUGUCUGGCAGAGAUUGCAAAUGGCUCCAAGUUUGCCAGUUACCUUCACUAUGACCAUGCUACCAUGCAUUCGCUCAUGGGUUUAUUGCCACCCAUUGGACCUCUGGCAUCGAAAGUUGUCUGCAAUGCUUUCGAUUUUGUGAAAACUGCCGUAAGUACAAAAUUGAAAUGGCUCUGA